AUGGGAGUGCAUGUGCGGCUGUAUGGGGCCACAUCCAGCAGGAUCCGCUGGUCCUCAGACACUGGGAGCUGUGUAGGCCGUCGGCAUGAGGCCCCACCUGCGAGAGCUGCCACCAAAUACCGUGGCCUCACCCCUCAGACCCAAGCGCCGUGGCUUACCCGAGACCCGGGCCGCAGCCGUGGGGGGCGGGUGGGGAGAGGGGCAUCUGGGGAGCCGGCAGGUGUGGUUCAGGCCCCCCGGGAAUUGGAGCUUAUAUACGGUUUCAUACGUGGACGCGCUGGGGCAGCGCUAACAUCUGGUCGUAGUGGAGCCGCUGCUGACCGAGGAGAUAAGUGGAAAUCUGAAGCGUUGGCCAGUAGCCCCCAGAGGCGGCCUUGCAGUGACACGGUUCUGUCCGCCAGGCAGCACCGGGUGACCGGCUUCCUCGUGUCCGCAGGUGACCUGAGCAUCUCGGCAGACCGCCUGAGUGAGAAGCGGUCCCCCAACGACUUCGCCCUGUGGAAAGCCUCCAAGCCGGGCGAGCCGUCCUGGCCGUGCCCGUGGGGAAAGGGGCGUCCGGGAUGGCACAUCGAAUGCUCUGCAAUGGCAGGCACUCUCCUGGGAGCCUCGAUGGACAUUCACGGGGGGGGCUUUGACCUCCGGUUCCCCCACCACGACAACGAGCUGGCCCAGUCGGAGGCCUACUUCGAGAACGACUGCUGGGUCCACUACUUCCUGCACACGGGCCACCUGACCAUCGCCGGCUGCAAGAUGUCCAAGUCACUCAAGAACUUCAUCACCAUUAAAGACGCCUUGAAGAAGCACUCCGCGCGGCAGCUGAGGCUGGCCUUCCUCAUGCACUCCUGGAAGGACACGCUGGAUUACUCGAGCAACACCAUGGAGUCGGCGCUGCAGUACGAGAAGUUCAUGAGCGAGUUUUUCCUAAAUGUGAAAGACAUCCUUCGAGCUCCCGUUGAUAUAACCGGCCGGUUUGAAAAGUGGGAAGAUGAAGAAUCGGAACUGAACAAGAGCUUUUAUGACAAGAAGGCGGCGGUUCACGAGGCCCUGUGUGACAACGUGGACACGCACACGGCUUUGGAGGAGAUGAGGGCUCUGGUGAGCCAGUGCAACCUGUAUGUGGCAGCCCGGAAGGCCGCCAGGAGGAGGCCCAACCGGGCGCUGCUGGAAAGCGUCGCCCUGUACCUCACCCACAUGCUGAAGAUCUUCGGGGCCAUCGAGGAGGAAAGCUCCCUGGGAUUCCCAGUGAGAGGACCUGGAACCAGCCUCGAUCUGGAGUCCACGGUCAUGCCCUACCUGCAGGUGUUGUCUGAGUUCAGAGAAGGCGUGCGAAAGAUUGCCCGAGAGCAAAAAGUCCCUGAGGUCCUGCGACUCAGCGAUGCCCUGCGGGAUGACAUCCUGCCCGAGCUCGGGGUGCGGUUUGAAGAUCACGAAGGGCUGCCAACCGUGGUCAAGCUGGGGGACAGAGAGGCCUUGCUGCGGGAGAGAGAGGAGAAGAGACGGGUUGAAGAAGAGAAGAGGAAGAAGAAAGAGGAGGCCGCCAGGAAAAAACAGGAACAAGAGGCAGCAAAGCUGGCCAGGAUGAAGAUCCCACCCAGUGAGAUGUUCUUGUCGGAAAGCGACAAAUACUCCAAGUUUGACGAAAACGGUCUGCCCACACAUGACACUGAAGGCAAGGAGUUGAGCAAAGGGCAAGUCAAGAAGCUGAAGAAGCUCUUUGAAACUCAGGAGAAGCUCUACAAGGAGUAUUUGCAAAUGGUGCAAAACGGAAGCUUCCAACAGAACAGCGGGGACUGAGCUUUAAGCCGUCGGUGGCCUGACUUUCUGUCUGCAUCCUUAGUGAUGGUGCCCCGUGUUCUGAUCCUGUUUACAGCGGUGCUCGGGUCCUAAGCCCAGCACUCCGUUCACAGAGGCCCACGCCAUCUUCGGCUCUGGGACUUCAGUAAUAAAUGUUCCCAGACAGCGAG